AGUACGUGCGCGAGUCAGGGCUUUUUGUCUCUCGAAGGGAAGCGUUCUGAGCUUCAGACGGCUCGCGCACACCGGAGGAGCAACAGCUCGCAGCAGCAGCAGCGAGGAGAAAGAAAGUGAUUUAAAAUUAUUCAAAAUUAGAGGAAUAUAUCUUUCUGUGUUCUGUAGCCUGCUCCUUCAGUAAUAGAGGGACAUUUGUAUAGGGCGAUACUAAGCCUUUAAUAAACGGCGGAGAUAAUAUUACUAGGUGAAGUACUAUGGAGGACCAGCUGCUGUGCUGCGAGGUGGACUCCAUCAGGAGAGCCUACCAGGACGUGAACCUGCUGAACGACAGAGUUCUGAACACCAUGCUGAAAGCAGAGGAGAACUACCUACCGUCGCCCAACUACUUCAAGUGUGUUCAGAAAGAAAUUGUGCCCAAAAUGAGGAAAAUAGUUGCCACCUGGAUGUUAGAGGUCUGCGAGGAACAGAAAUGUGAGGAGGAGGUUUUUCCGCUGGCUAUGAACUAUUUGGACAGAUUUCUAUCAGUGGAGGCCACCAGGAAAACAAGACUACAGCUGUUGGGAGCUACAUGCAUGUUCCUGGCAUCCAAGAUGAAGGAAACCGUGCCCUUAACGGCGGAGAAACUGUGUAUCUACACGGACAACUCGGUGCACCCUGGAGAACUGCUGCGAAUGGAGCUGCUGGUUCUCAACAAGCUGAAAUGGGACCUGGCUUCAGUCACGCCUCACGACUUCAUCGAUCACUUCCUGUCCAAGCUGGAGAUCUACCCAACCACCAAACAGAUCCUCAGGAAACACGCGCAGACCUUUGUUGCUCUCUGUGCUACAGAUGUUAACUUCAUUGCCAGUCCUCCCUCCAUGGUGGCGGCGGGCAGCGUGGUGGCAGCUGUUCAAGGUCUCUACCUGAAGAGCCAUGACGCCUCCUUGUCCUCCCAGAACCUCACCAACUUCCUGUCUCAGGUUAUUCGCAGUGACCCGGACUGCCUGCGGUCAUGUCAGGAGCAGAUCGAGUCCCUGCUGGAGUCCAGCCUGCGGCAGGCUCAGCAGCACAGCAGCUCCACGGAAACCAAACGUGUGGACGAGGACGUGGACCUGUCCUGCACCCCCACAGAUGUCAGAGACAUCAACAUCUGAAACAACUGACCAAGGUGUUGUGUGAUGACCUGAUGAUGGAGGGAACGUUGUCGACAGAGGGUGGAGAUGGCGGGCUGACCUCAGCCCCCCCCCCUCCCUCCUCCUUCUUCCUGGUGGGCUGCUAUCAUGGCCGACAUGUCCCAUGUCCCCCCGCCCUGCAACAACUCCCAUGUCACAUUUCCUGCCAGUGUCCCCUCCCUCUCUGGGGAAAUAAAUGAACACUACAGAAAUGUACUAGAAAAAAGACACAGAACGCUGAGGACCUGCGUGGGCUGGAGCUGAAGCCACACAACUAUUUAGUAGAUCCUUUCUCAUUCCCUCACAUAUCAAAGUAGGAAUCUUGAAAUGACCGCUGACCCAACAUCCCAAAGUGUCAUGUACAGUAGGACCUUGUUGUGUCUUCAGGUCUGAAUAUGAAAUCUGAGAGACAUUUCUUAUUUUUCAUUUCUCUAUUGGUAUAUCUAAUGUUUUGACUUCCUGUCCAAGCUCCAAUGUUUGUAUUGUUGCAGUGCAAACAUUCAUUGAUCCCUGCUUGCUUAUCUUUAGUCACUUUAUGAUAUAUCAUUUUAGAUUUCUUUUUUCAAUGAGUUUUAUACCUCUUUUCUUCCAAGCGUUUGUGUUUUAAACCAAGUGUAGUGUAAGAGGCUGUGUUUCAGUGGCCUGCUGGGGUGGAGGCGGGAGGAGAUCCACGAGCAGUCACCCACAGUCUGCUGUUCUUCUCUGUGUAGUCAAACCCAAACCAUUCCAACUCUGUCAAAAAAAAAGCACUUUUGGUCAGCACUGCUGGUCACCUAAAAAAAUCACAGUGAUUACGUUUGUAAAACAAAAUAUAAUGGGGGGUGGAGCAGGGGUUUCUUGACGAUGAAGAGUCAGCUGCAGAAUAUUUUUCAUCUAAUGGAAGAAGAAUUGAGCUUUAUGGCAGAAACAAGACUACAUGCUGCUUGAUAAUGUCAUGGGACUCAUAGAGCCCACGGCUUUCUGCAGCUGCCAACAAUCUGAGUUUGAGUUCAACCCAUGUUUCACACGCUGCUCUAAAGUAAGUGAGGAGCCAGAAUCUGAAGCUCCAGUCCAAGUAAAAGGAGUAUUCUUUUCAUAGUAAAAAAUUAUUCUUCCUUUUAUAUAGUUAAACAUAUUAUUUAUUGUUUCUUUAAGCCUUCCUUUUCUAGUUUUCAGACUAUCUGUGUCUCCACCUACUGCUGAACUAUCUGCCUCCAGAGCAGCCAGAAAUAUGAUUCCAACUCAAACCCUGCUCUUCAUCGUCUCCUCGCUCACGCUACCUCAGUUUAAAUACCGCUCAUGGAAUCUUGGAAGGGCAUGAAGCUAAAAGAAAAAGAAGAGGAGUGUUGAGACUAUGAUUUUGCACAAAAAUAAAAGACGCAGGCUUCGUUUCUUGGGGACUUGCCUAAAAAAUGUGGAGAGCACAGCAGGCAAGCUAACCGAGGGGUGCAGAGGCGGCAACAAGUGGCAAAAGGGUGAAGGCACAACAGGGAGGGGGGUCUUAAUGCUGUGGCGCUGGAGCCAGGGUUCAACAGGGAAGGGGGCCUUAAUGCUGUGGAGCUGGAGCCAGGGUUCAACAGGGAGGGGGGUCUUAAUGCUGUGGAGCUGGAGCCAGGGUUCAACAGGGAGGGGGGUCUUAAUGCUGUGGAGCUGGAGCCAGGGUUCCUACACAGGACGUGUUGAAGCCAGGGCUCCGACACAGGACGUGUUGAAGCCAGGGUUCCUACACAGGACGUGUUGAAGCCAGGGUUCCUACACAGGACGGCAACGAUGUCACCACCAGCUUCAUGUAAGCUUUAUAUGUGAUGGACACAAUGCAGGAAGGCUCUCUGCUAAAAGUAUUCUGGAAGUGUGUCACGGUGUGUAGGAACUCUACACCAGGUUUCUGAUUGUACAUUAUGGAUAGAGAGCAGGAGAGAAACACUCCUUGUAAUCCGCUGCUAUAGAAGAAUGAAUCCCAGCUACGUGUUUAAAAGGAAAAACAGAUGACAAAAGACGUAAUAAAUUAAAAAUGAUGCUUUUC